ACUUGCGAGUAACCGGCACGUUGUGUCUGAUUCGGUUUUUAUGGAAAACAACUAACACAUCUAUCAUUCCAGAGCGCAUUUACUGUGAUCCACGAUUGCACUGCUGUUUUAUACAAUUGUCAUUUAGAAAUUCGCUUAAAAAUCUGCAACAAUGGCCGCAAUGUCAGUCAUAGGAAUCGACUUGGGCAACGAGUCUUGUUAUGUAGCUGCUGCAAAGGCAGGCGGAAUUGAGACCAUCGCAAAUGACUACAGUUUAAGGGCCACACCAACAUGUAUUGCAUUUUCUGGAAAAAACCGCAUCCUCGGCGUGGCCGCCAAAAAUCAACAAGUGACAAACAUGAAAAACACCGUUUAUGGCUUGAAAAGGCUCAUAGGCAGAAAGUUUCGCGAUCCUCAUGUUCAAAGGGAGCUUCAAACAUUGCCAUUUAAUGUUAUCGAAGUAGCUAACGGAAAUAUAGGAAUAAAGGUUAAUUAUUUAAAUGAGGAACACGUCUUUUCGCCUGAGCAAUGUUUGGCCAUGCUUUUGACCAAGUUGAAAGACAUCGCGAGCACCGCUUUGGGAACUCCAAUCAAUGACUGUGUUAUAUCUGUACCAUCAUAUUUCACCAACAAUGAAAGAAAAGCUUUAUUGGAUUCGGCUGCGAUUGCUGGAUUGAAUGUACUUAGAUUGUUCAACGAAACGGCUGCCACGGCCCUCUGUUACGGCAUUUACAAGCAGGACUUGCCGGCGCCGGAAGAGAAGCCACGUAAUGUCGUGUUCGUUGAUUGUGGCAACUCCUCGCUGCAGGUGUUUGCCGUCGCCUUCCACAAGGGCAAGCUCAAAAUGCUGUCGACGGCGUCUGACCCCAAUCUUGGUGGCAGGGAUUUUGAUCUUCUGCUCGCCAAUCAUUUUUGCAAAGAGUUCCAGACGAAAUACAAAGUCGAUGCUAGUACCAAUCCAAGGGCGUUCCUGCGACUGUUAACUGAAGUUGAGAAACUGAAAAAACAUAUGUCAGCUAAUUCGACCACCUUGCCCUUGAACAUCGAGUGUUUCAUGAACGACAAAGAUGUCCACGGUGACAUGAAACGUGCCGACUUCGAACAGAUGGCCAGCUCGUUGUUUGUCCGUGUGGAAGAGACCCUCCGCAACUGCCUGGACAAGUCCAAUCUACCUUUGGAGGACAUCCAUGCAGUGGAGAUUGUCGGUGGAUCUACUAGAAUACCAGCCAUUAAACAACUCAUUGAGAAGGUGUUCAAAAAGGUGCCCAGCACAACGUUGAACCAGGACGAGGCAGUGAGCAGGGGCUGUGCGUUGCAAUGCGCCAUGCUCUCGCCUGCUGUUAGGGUUAAGGACUUCAGUGUUACUGAUGUACAGAGUUUCCCAAUCUCAGUGUCUUGGGAUGCCAGUCCUAGCGGGGAAUCUGCUGGCGAAAUGGAGGUGUUCCCAGUCAAUCAACCUGUUCCUUUCUCAAAAAUACUUACGUUCUAUAGACAAGAGCCAUUUGCAAUUAAAGCUGCUUAUUCCGGUAAUGUACCAUAUCCGGACAAAAAUAUUGGCACUUGGAUCGUGAAAGACAUAAAACCAAACACCGACGGCAAAGCGCAAAAGGUGAAGGUGAAGGUACGCGUGAACCUGCAUGGAAUCAUGACCGUAUCCAGUGCUUCGCUGUACGAAGCGAAGGACUCAUCGCCGGACCAGGAACAAAUGGAGAACGGCGACGCCCCGCAGCGCGAGGACGGCGCCAAGAAUGGUGCGGAAGGUGGCAACGAGGCGGAUGCCCCAAUGACGGACGGCAACGGCCCACAGAAUACCGAUGGGGCGCAGCAGCAGCCAGCUGAGGUAGGCUCCGGCGUAAGCUGGACGAAGAAAAUAAGCGGCUGGUUCAGCGGGGAGGAUAAGGACAAGAAAAAGAAACAGGUGAUCAAAGCUAUCGACCUGCCUUUAGAGGCUCUCACCUUCGGUUUCUCGCAAGUAGAACUCAACCAAUUCACCGAGCAAGAAUUCAAGAUGAUUGCGUCCGACCGUCAAGAAAAAGAACGUGCGGACGCCAGGAAUGCGCUCGAAGAAUACGUCUACGAACUGAGGAGCAAAGUAUCAUCAGAUGACGAACUUGGCCAGUACAUUUUAGAGAGCGAUCGCGACGCACUCGUUCGACAACUUGACGAAAUGGAAAAUUGGUUGUACGAAGAGGGUGAGGACUGCAACAGGCAGAUUUACAUCGACAAACUGGCGGAACUUAAAUCAAAAGGGGAGCCAGUACAAACCCGCAAAGUUGAAUGUGAAUUAAGGCCGGUAGUAAUCGAAGAUUUUGCCAAGAGCUUGCAGCUGUGCCAGAAAGCUUUAGAUCUGAUCAAAGAGAACAAUCCGAAGUAUGCUCACUUGACUAAUGAUGAAGUACAUAAUGUGGAACAGGCGUUCAAACAUUCUUAUGAGUGGUUGCAUUCGGCCAGACAAAAAUCUAUAUCCGCACCCAAACAUUUGCCGCCACCGGUGACUGUGGCUCAAAUAAGACAGGAAAAGUCCAACUUUGAGAACACAGUGAACGUAAUAUUAAACAAACCAGCUCCUAAAGCACCCUCACCACCCAAAGAGGAAAAACCAGCCGGUGACGGCGAAACGAAGACGGAGGAACAGAACAACCAGGAGAACACACAGGGGGAGAAGAUGGAUUGGCAAUCGACAUAAGUUUUAUACUAGUUUAUUUUUUUAAAUUAAUAUAUUUAUGAUAGGAGAGAACUGAUGGUCGUUGUCAUAAUCGUCAGUUUUAAAUGUAAAUUUGAAGUUUACUUCACCAGAUUGUUAUCUAUUGGCAAAUGUGGUUGUAUAUUAUUAGUAUAAUUUUUUGUAGUUGGAUAUUUUGAUUUACUACAACCACACUUCCCUAUAUAACAAACUUGUGUUUACUCCCACUAGUAGAAUAACAUUGCUGGUUUAAUUUCAAACACCUUUCCCAUUGCCACAGGACAAGAUUUUCUUCACCCAGUGCUGGAAGAUGUCUGUAUUUCUACUUAAUCAGCUAGGCUUUUUAAUGCACAAGUGAAAUGUUAGUAUUUUUUUCUAAUGCAAUUGGAUAAUAUUAUUUUGGCUGUAAUAAUGGCUUCAUUCCAUCUAAAUUAUUUAACAAUCAGGUAAUUUGUUGUACAUUUUUUAAUUGUGUUUAAUAAAAUACAAACAGAAUAA